AGGUUGUUGUAUCAGAAUACAUGUAUUCUCUCCAAACCGAGACCCGCGGAAUGCGCGCUAUGCGGACCACGUGGCGGCCUCAGCCAGCAGCUUUCCCCGCAGCAGCAGGUGGCGUGGCGUGGCGUGCGUGGCGUGCGUGGCGUGGAGCAGCCCAGGUGGCCGCGCGCGCACCGGUCACGCCAUUUUCCAUGCGCCUCGCUGGGGGUGAGUGUGCGCCCCGCGCGCACCGAGGCGCAGCUAUUUUGAAAGUGACCCCUCAUUCAGGCAGCGACCGUGCAGCUGUCAGGAACCAUGACUGAAGAUGACGGAUUCUGUUGUCGUGGAGGGAUACGCCAGACUCAGAGACGGGAAAAAGUGGAAAACUAGGUGGCUCGUUCUUCGCAAGCCGUCGCCUGUAGCAGACUGCCUGCUGCUGCUGGUUUAUAAGGACAGGUCAGACAAAGCCCAGGGCAACAGGGAGAGGGCCGGCGUCACCUUGGAGCAGAUCUGCGGCCUGGAGGCGGGACCGGCGUACGAAGGCGCGGCGUUCACCCUGGCCGUGCUGUGCCUCAACCAGGCCGCGCUCCUGGGCUUCGACAGCAGGGACGCCCUGCAGGCGUGGGACGCCCGCCUGCGCUACAGCCUCGGAGAAGUUCACAGAUUCAGCGUUGGAGUCUUACCAGGGACCAAGUUGGAGGGCGGACCUGCAACUCUGCAUUUGUGCAACAACCUGCUGGCUCUGGCGCGGGACGUCCCCCCUGUUGUCAUCGGCCACUGGAGCCUUCCGGACCUGCGCAGAUAUGGACCCGUGCCCAACGGCUUCGUGUUUGAGGGUGGAACCAGAUGUGGAUUUUGGGCCGGUGUUUUUCUGCUCACAUCUGCUGAGAGCGAGCAGAUCAGCUUUCUGUUCGACUGCAUCGUGCGAGGCAUCUCCCCCACCAGAGGCCCGUUCGGACUGCGGCCACUAUUGCCAGACCCCGGCGCCGGUCAGACCGACUCGGAGGAGAAGCUGAACCACGAGGCCCAGGAGCUGGAGAAGCGGCUCAGCAUGUUGUCUCACAGGAGCAGCACAGCGUCGUCCACAUACUUCCCCUCUGCCGGAGGCGACGACCGCAGCAUUUCCGGUUCCUCGGACGCCUCGGACACCAGCCGCUCGGACUGCAGCGUCGGCAGCCGUCCGGCCGCGUGGAGCGAGCCGGCCCCCGGCCCGGCCGAGGGCGCCGGCCGCGCGGCCGCCGGCCGCGCGGCCGCCGGGCCGGCGCCGCCGGGCGCGGAGAAGCCCCCCGCCGGCGCGGGGGCCGGGGGCCGAGCCGCCGCCAAGGCCCCGCGGCAGCUCCAGGACAUCGGCCGCCAGAGCUCGGCCGACAGCGGCAUCGCCUCCGGCAGCCACUCCUCCUACUCCGGGAGCUGCUCCUCCUACGCGGGCAGCCUGGACACGGCCCCCGGGGAGGACUUCGGCUCUGUCUUUAGCCUGCCCCCACACCUGGCUCACGACCUCAGCCCCUGUUCGUGCUCCACAGCCCCUGGACACGAGUACCAGGUGCCGACAUCCCUUCGGUACCUUUAUGACUCUCCCAGGAGCCUUUUACAGGAGGGGAGCGAGGGCACCGCACACAGCCAACCCUCCAGCCCGACUAGGGGCCCUGAAAGCCUCGUUACAGAGUCAGGAGAGGGGGAGCAGGGCAGUGCCGCCGCCUCCCAGGGUCCCACUGAAGGACGGUCCAUGUGCGGACGAGAGCCCAGGCCUUCAGAGGAGGCUCCGCUCACCAAGACGGCGCCCCCUGCUGACCGCCCCGACUCCUGCCUCGGCUGCAGCUCGCUCACACCUGCCUCCAAAACCAUCGUGACCAUCUGCGCCGCGUGUGGGGGAUUUAAGGGGACGCCGUAUAUUCCGACAGGUGCUUCAGGGAUACCUGCGCUGCCACAGCGGUGCCUUUUUAACCCAGCAGAUCAGGGCGUCGUCACAUCACCGUGCAGAGCCGCCUCUGCUGGUGCACACAGCUUGGCAGCGGAGGAACCUCGGGCCCAGCUCGGUUCUGGAAGUACCUGCGGCUCGGCGAAGGCGAAUGAGGAGUCGCCGCUGCUGGCGGUGGAAGGAGGCGACGGACUAGCCCGUCUCUUAGCCGACCUGCUGAGCGUUCCCAGUGCACAGAUGCAGCCGGAGGCAAACGUGUACGUACCCAUGAGCCCCGCUGUCGCAAGCGAUCUCAAACCGGUGGAUUCACGGCGGCAGAGGAGAGACGCCAUCUAUGAAAACUGUCUCAAGUGUCAGAGCCGGCACUGCCACCCUCCGUCACGGGUCGGACCUGCUGAGAUGUACCACAACGGCAACGCGUUCAUCCCACAGACGCCUUUAACUGGGAAGAAGAGCCAGGAGGAGCUGCCGUGUCCUGGUCCCAGUGAUGGAGAGCAGGGCGUGGAGGGACGGCGGCGCCUUGAAGAGGCGGAGGGCCCGGCGUCGACCAGCGAAGAAAAAAGGCUCAAUAGCAAAGAGGAAAGACGCCGGACUGACCCUGAUUAUGAAGUUAUGGAGUCACGGAAGACGGAGAGGAACACGGAGGCAGAAGAAAAAAGCAAGUACGAGCCAAUGGGCAGCUGCAGUCAGCAGAGGUUCCUUCAGGAGGCUGAAGGGCCAGUGUUCGUUUUCCCCCCAGAUGCGGCACUUCCCGAAAGGUCGCGGAGUGAAGGUGUGACAUAUGUGAAUAUCCCUGUUAGUCCCACGUCCAAGAAGCAGCUCAACUACAUGGAGCUGGAGCUGCAGGAGCCUGGACUCGGCACCCGAGGGACUGCGGCGCCGCCACCAGCACAGAGAAAGACGUCCACCAGAUACGCCCAGAUUGACAUCACUGCCACGGAGACGGCCCACAAGGUGGGCACGCAGCACGCGCUGGGCCGGCAGGGGGGCCUGCACACGCUGGAGCUGAGGAGGAGGGCCACGCCGCACUGAAGCCCCCCACGAGCGCAAACCUGCAAGAAACGCCCAAUCGCUCCGCGCUGUGGUAUGGGACGUGUUUGGGAGAACAGAAGCCACAGAGGGUUCAUUCGCACCAGGAGGACAAAUUCAUUUCUUUCCACAUCAUGAAACCAUGAUCACGAAACUCCACUGUGUUCAGACUGAAGUCAAACGUUUCAGUCUUACUCAGGUUAGUUGAUGGCUUGGCAUAAAAAUACCACCUCGUACUUUAGAAAACCUUCAGUGUGAAACAUAAAUACUGUUGUCAUUCAGAAACAGGUGUUAACCAACUGUCUGUAUUUAUAUAUUGAUGAAUUUCAUUUAAAUGAACAGAUUGGAGUGAUGUCUUUUGUUUUGUGUGUGUGUGUGUAAAUCUUUGUACUUUAUUAUGUAAACACAUUCGGUUGCUUUUUAUAGAGUUACUCAUGUUAGUGUAUUGUUUGUCUCUAUUUUGCUAUAUGUAAAUAUGUUUUCCUUCCAACUGAUCGACAUACACUUUGAUGGUGUAUGUACAGAGCUGUAUGGAAGAAGUCGAGAAGUGCCUGUUACCCUUUUGUACAUUAUAUACAAUGCCGUGUUUCAUUUUAUAGCGCUGGAUCAUGUACAGUGGAAGUGGAAUGUAAUCCUGCAUGUACUGCUGAAAUCCAGUUUGCCAUCACAUCAUUAAAAAACCCUAAUGAUUGAA